AUGUCGGUGCCGCUCCGCUGGGCACUGGGCCCUGUACGCACCUUGCGCACGAGCCGUGGCGCAUGGUCGCAGCGGCGCUGGGACAUGGAUCUGCCUACCGAGUCCGACAUGCCCCCGACGCUCGAUGCGAUCGACGCGUUGGCGCCGGCCGCGCGCGCGCGCCGCGCCAAAGGCGAGAGCGACGCCGAGUUCGCACGGACACGCUGGGAGACGGCGUUCCGUAGCGUACGCGACUCGUUUACGCGCCCCCAGCUGUACGACCUCGCAAAAGAAGCGCAGCUGCGCAAUAUCCGCUCGUCGCUGCCCAAGGCCGAGUUGGUCCGUGCUUUUCUCGAGCAGCGCUUUUCGCUCAAGAAUCCCGACGUGCUCGGCGACGCGUCAGCAUUUGUCCCGCUCGAGCUCGGCGACGUGUUCCUGCUUGCACGCAAUGGCCGCAACCUGUUCGAGGCUGCGCGCGACGCGGACGCAACUGUCUCGAUCGAGAAGCGCGACGGGCAGACCGGUGCAGCGGUGCGGGGCACCGAGCAAGGUAUUGCUACGCUCUCUGACUGGCUCUCGUCGUUUUGUGCGCAUAUCCACAAGGCCUCGAUCGAAGCGGAUGCCCCACUUGGACUUGUUCACAUGAUUGCAGAGCGGUCGGGAUGCUACCUGGAAAAGGAGGGCAAGGAAAUCCAUAUGCGAUUCACCGAUGCGACCGCCGCACAUACUGCCGCUGUGCUCCUGCAGCAGUACAACAGCCGCACCAGUGCAUCGCACCUUGCGUGCCUCGGCGCGCCGAGCAAGCCGCUGAUUCCCCUGCCGUACGCACCCGGCACGCUGCACAGCCUUGCGGACGCGUACGCCAUGAAGAGCGAGCAUGUGCGGUACACUGCGCCGCAGCACGCCGCGUUUGCCACGACCGGCCUGUCGCACGUGGACCUCGAGGGGCUGCGCGAGGCGGCGGCCCCAGCGCCGCUCCCGAUCGAGCUGUUGGGCGGCGAGUGGAAGACGCAUUUGCGUGUCGCUUUCGGCCACGCCGUGUGGCCUGCGACAUCCCAACCGACCUCGCUCUCCGACCUCGCCCCGUCGCUCUUUCUGCCAAGCACGCCGCCGAGCUGCAUGCGGGCGACCGAGCUGGGGCCGUACACGGCCGGCGCCGAGAAGGAGGCCGAGCAGGUGCGUCUGUACUACCGCGCGACACUCGACGCGCGGCCACUCGACCUGGUCAUCACGCUGCACACGACGCCGGAACGCAGCAUCUUCCAAGAAGCGCAGUGGAUCGUCCAGAGCUCCACAGAUGUCCUGUGCCCUGCCGCCUCGAUCGAUGCACGCAUUUCGGCACAGUCGACGGCGCCGAUGCAUACACGCGCCCUGCGCGAGACGGCGCUUGACACGUAUUUACAGAGCAUUAACGCAUGGGGCGACGUCGCCUCGCCGGGCGUCGACGCGCUCGCUCCGGACGCGGCGCCGCACCACGCCCCUCUUGCUCCUCGCACGCUUGGCAUGCGCCUUGGCGACGAUUUCCUACACCUCUCCUUGUACCGCACCGAGACAGUCGUCCAGCGCACCACGCCGUACAAGCUGCAGGACGAGCCAGAAGACGAGCCGAUUUUGCAUCUCUACAAAGAGGCUACCAAGACGGAUGCCAUGCAAGGCUUCGCCAUCGCUGCUACGAUCAACUGGACACACUGGCCCUCGUCCGACGAACAAGUAGAACUGCUCUCCGAGCUGGUCCGCACGCCGUACCUCUCGCUCGGGCGGCAGGCUUCGUAG